AACCCUUCUUGUGUAGACUUAGGUCCCUCAAGACCUCCCACAUUAUAUGAUGCCCAAGCAGAAGCCAAUUAACCUCUUUAAGGAGGUUGUGAAUAUAUAAAGUGCCUGCUUAAUGAGGUUAAUUGCCUUCUGCUUGGACAUCAUAUAAUGUAAGCCAUAUUCUUUUAUGCAUAAGGCUCCACCCACACCUAGACAAGGUUCUUGACUCACUGCAACCAUGGUUUCUACAUUGCACCAUAAGCUUUAAAUAGAAAUUACUGAAGCUUUUUAAUAUAGACAUAAAUAAAUGCAAGAGAGAAUAAUACUUGUAGGAAUACUAAAAGAGGCCAUUCAAUUUGGGUUGUUGAAAAGGAUUAGCAAUAGCUACGUUGCAGAGAGGGUUAAUAAUUGCCACUGACCUAAACCAAACGAGAGUUCUAUGAAUCCGAAACCCUAAAUCACACUUUGCAGAGAGGGUUAGUAGUAUUUAUGUUCCCCACCACACUCGCACUAACUCCUCUAAUUCUCGAAACCCUAAAUCACUCGUUUCCUCGUUUUGUCGGACACGCACGGUCAAUUUCCAGGACAGUUACGCCGCUGACUGCUUCCGGAUUCUUCAAUCCCCUUCUGCAGAUGCUACAUUGUUUGGAUAUAUUGCCCUGAUUGAUCUGGCAAAUCUGUUGGUGUAUAGGCAAGUCAAAAAGUGGAAGGGGGUUUUAAAAGUAAGGUGGGAUGGGGCCCUUGUCAAAAUACGGGAAGAAGAACACUGCUGUUGUGGGUGGGAGAAUUCAUCCGGUACACGAUGAUCUUGGCUAUUAUGAUGUGAGAACGACAAGGAGGUUAAAGAGAAGACGUCCGACUGAAAGUCUGAAUCCAAAUGCAUCCAAUGAGGAUAAUGUUAACAAGAAGAAGACUGUGAGAAGAAACCUUGUGCUCAACGAGGAAGAAGAAGUAGAAGGAGGAGAUGAGGAAAUCUUUGUUGAUAAUGAUUAUGAAAUGUUUUUGAGUAAAUUAGGACAUUCUGGUUGGGGCAAUGUCUGUAGUAUUAGUGAUUCGGAAGACAAUGCAGUAGAAAGACUGGAGAAUGGUGCUGAUUAUUCUGAUCCUCAUUAUAAAAUGUUCUUGGAAAGCUUGAGAGUAGAUGGGAAUUCAUAUGCGCUUGAGAUACCUUUGAGCAGUGAAAUGUCUCUAGUCAUAAAGUAUGAGAAGGAUGUUGGGUCCUCUAAUGCUCACCGAUUACGAAAUCUUGAUGCUCUCGAACAUUUACUUGGUGGAGGAAACAUGAAGGAUGACAAAACUUUGUGGGAUUCUUCAAAAAGAGAUAGGGCGGAUGAAAGCUGCCAAGAUCAUUUUAACUAUUUGACAAAAGAUGAUGAUGCUGGAGUAUCAAAUAGGGAGAAAAAUUUGAGCGGUGUUUCAAAGAGAGGGAAGUUGGAAACUCAACACAAGUUGAGGGAUUCAGGGUUAUUAAUGAGAGAGAAACCUGUGAGGGGUGUUUCAAAGAAUGCAAGAAUGGAAUCUCAAGAGAACUUGCCAGUCUCGGGGCAAUUCAAUUGUGAGAAAACUUUGAGGGGUAUCUCAAAGAAAGACAGGAUGGAAGAUAACUUCAGGGGGACAGAAAAGGAGAGUCCAUUGAAUAUGAGGAAUAAUGAAAAAGAGGCUGAGAAUUUUCAUAAAAAACCUACUCAAAAGGAUGAUCAUUUUGUUGAAGAAAGCUACCAAGUAUAUCUUAAUUCUUUGAAGAAAGGUGUUGAUCCUACGUUUGUAAAGCAGGAAAUUGAAAUUGAGGAUGAUGAGAAUUCAUCUGAUUCUGACUUGAUUGUUAUUAGCGAAGAUCCUUUCAUUCAUGGAAAUCAUACCCCCUUUGUAACAUCAAAAUUCAAAGAAGCACCUAUUGAUUUAGAUGGUGACAUUGGACAUGGAAGCCAAGGUAAAGGUGAUCAUUCUCAGUUUAGGGAGAAGCUCAUGGAUGUUCUUACAAAAGAAUUUGAUCAAAAGGAGUAUGAAGAGCUGCUUAAAGAAAUAAAUGCCGAGAGGACUAAGGAAGGUUUCCGGAGAUUGCGUGGAAGAGAAAUAGCAUAUUCUAUUGGGUCUUGUGCGCCAUCAUAUAUUGAUUUGAAUAAUGAUCUCAAAAUGAUGAUUGAUUCUUACAAAACAAAUCCCCACAAAGUUUUGGUUCUUUUACGUGGAUUUUUCUUUUGGUUGAAGAAUAUAACCCUGGGGGGAGUGUUUCAGCCAUGGAAGGACCCAUCUUGUUCAGAGUUGCUGUCUCAACCCUGAGUCAGGGGCUUUGUCUUGGUAUUCAAAUCUCUUUAAACUAAAGAUGGUUUGUGGUACAGCUUUGGGAUUUCGAUUGUAGCAUCAAGACCUUGCAUCCAAUGUAUGUGUUAGAAGUUGGGUAUGAAACUCUCUCAUCUUUGAUGUAAAUCUGACGAUUACAUCAUCUGUAAAUAUGAAAGGCAGCUUUGGUUGCGAAUGUUUUUGGCAUGCACCUUUGCCUGAUUAUAUUUACCUUUGUGGCUAACCUUUUUAGUUUGCAUCUAUCACUACACAUUUUGAGACUGGAUAUCGUUGUCAUUGAACUGAAGUUCGGUACCCUUGCAUUCAUGUAUUAUUGUAUUUAAUUACUCUGUC